AAGGGCUCAUGAUAAUGCAUGGACCAAUCAUGUGUCUGUUUUUUCAUCAUGUAUCAUGAUAKCACGACAAGUUUUGGAUUGAAAUUGAAUUGAAAUUUAUACCUCGAUUCAAUUAAGCGUUCAACGUCGUUUAGCUCUGGGUACAAGAAUGAAUGUUGUUGAGAUGGAACACAAAGAGGCAGAUAAAGAGGGUAAAAAGCUUUGGGGAGGUAGAUUCUCUGGAGAUACAGAUCCAGUCAUGGAGGAGUUCAAUGCMUCUAUAGGGUUUGAUAAUCGAAUGUGGAAAGAAGAUUUACAGGGAAGUCAGGCUUACAUCAGAGCUAUUCAUAGUGUUGGACUAGUUACCAAAGAUGAAAUGAAUCAAAUUCUAUGUGGUAUAGAAAAGAUUAAAGAGGAGUGGUUUAAUAAGAAAUUUGUAAUUAAAGCUGGAGAUGAAGAUGUCCACACAGCCAAUGAAAGACGACUUAAGGAAUUGAUUGGAAGUGCAGCCAGCAAGCUGCAUACAGGAAGAAGCAGAAAUGACCAGGCACAAGUUGAUACCAGGAUGUGGCUUAGAUCAGAAAUUAAAAGGCAUCGAAUUAAUGUGAUAGAUCUCAUAAAAGUCAUGGUCAAGCGAGCAAAUGAUGAAAUUGAAGUCAUCAUGCCUGGUUAUACACAUCUACAGCGUGCUCAGCCCAUCAGAUGGAGUCACUGGUUGUUAAGUUAUGCUUGGGCUUUACAAAGGGAUGUUGAAAGACUGGAUCAGUUAUUACACAGAGUAAACGUUUUGCCACUUGGUAGUGGUGCAAUUGCUGGCAAUCCCUUCGGUGUUGACAGAGGGUCUAUUGCUCAAGAGCUUGGGUUUGCUUCUGUCUCUGCUAACAGUAUGGAUGCUGUUGGCGAUCGAGACUACAUCAUCGAGUUCCUGUUCUGGGGAACAAUGGUGGCUACUCAUUUAAGUCGUUGGGCGGAAGAUUUACUUAUUUACAGUACACAAGAGUUCGGCUUUGUCAAACUUUCUGAUGCUUACAGGUAAGCGAAUUGUCUGUUGAACAAUGCAAUUCCCUCAAAUAGAGUUGACAC